UUGGAGGUCACCAUACCCAAGAAGAUUUUUCAGUGAGAGGCAAGGAGAACCCAAGGACAAGGUUCAAAUUUAUACCUGGAUGGAUGCUACACUUAGAGAGAUGACUGAUCUCGUGAAAGAAGUAUCUCCAGCUGCCAGAAGACGAGAUGCAAAAUUGUCAUUUGCAGUUGUAUAUCCUGAUAAAAAUGGGCGUAUGCAAGUAAAGAAGGUAUAUACUCCGAGGAAUGCGCCUUAUGCUAGUGAGGAAAUUGAUGUGGUUCGUGAGCAAUGGGCUAAGUUUUUUACCAGCAAGUAUUUGUUAUUGGCAUGAGCGCUUGAUCGAGUUGGUUUAGAUGUUAUAGAACAAUCUUUUAUAUUAAAAUGUAUGCGUUCGUUGAAAUUGGAACAUACAUAUAUUUAAUUGUAUGUGGUACGUACACUUUGGUUUUGGGAUAUAUACAAA